UCAUCCAUCACUGUCUUUCUUUAAUAGUACAAACUCUGAGUAAAGGCCAGUCUCCCAUCUGACUUUGUAGAAGUCCAACAAGAGAAGGAUGCGUGAGACAUCCUCCUCUUGUUUUUUUUUCUUCUUUUUUUUUCUUUUUUUAAGUGGUGCCUUCAGGGUCCGUCUUUUUAUUUGGACCUUAGAUGUGUGAAAUUGUUGAAUUACAGGAGUGCAGUCACCACACCCAGAUCGCAGGUUUGAGCCCAUUGGUUUUCAGGUUUGUCUCCGUCAGGAAACGCAUCGCCUGCCCUCCUCUACCUAAUAGUUAUUUUGACAAUAAGUCAGAAGCGUCUCCAGACCAGCUCCUGUCCUCAGACGGUACCUGCGCCUCCUGCCAGCGGCUCUGAGAUGGAUCCGACCUGCAAACCUUCAGCGCUGCUCUCACUGAUGGGUGUCAUGCUGCUGUGGCCGUACGUUCUCACCAAGAGCAUCUCAUCAAGCGCCUCGCUCUCUGCAGGUCAGGGAGAAGCGCGCCCUCAUGUGGUGAAGCGGUCGACGCAGAACUGCGACAGCUCGUUUGACCAGUACUGCUUCAACAACGGACAGUGCAUGCUGCUGGUGGACAUCAAUGAACACCACUGCAAGUGUGAGAGGGGCUACUACGGCCCCAGGUGUAGCAACCCGGAGCUCGUCGUUCAGCCAAUGGGAGAGGAGCAGAUAAUUGUGGCCAUUUUCUGUGUGAGUCUGCUGAUUAUAGGCCUGUCCGGAGCUCUGUACUUCUGCUGCAAAUGGUACAAGAAAAACAAAUUCCCACGUCAGCAGAAGCAGCAGGGAUACAAAGGAGUCCAGACUGCUUAGAGGGCCACACACUCCCGGCAUACCAGGAUCUUUUUUUUUUUUUUAACGAUUUUCUAAGUGAGAACUUCAGCAUCGUGAUGUAACCUGACGAUCUUACACUCAGCGACUGGUUUACUAGAUUGUUCCCUCUUUCGGUACUCUACGUCACUUGGCUCUGGAUCACAAGCAGGCAGAUCGACACAAAGAGAUUAGAAUUCUCAAAAAGAAGCCGCUUUGUGUGGCGGCCCCAGUGUUGCUUCAGCGACUGCUUCCCUCAUGUUUGAAAAGAUGAAUUGUGAGAUACACAAAAGCAGUUUCUGUGGGUGAAACCACCCACUGUGACGGCGUAAAGUUCACAGAGAAAGGCAACGAGCGGUAGCUUAGCAGCACAUUUGACUGAAUUUGGCUGACAGUGACAGUCAUAUUGAUGCAUCGACUUCACAGGUUCUGUUAAAUCAGCCUCAGAGAUUAAUAAAUUAAAGGUAUUAGAAACCAUGUGAUCACACGUUAAACAUUUAGCUGCCUUCAUACAGUAUCAUGCCUUUCUGCCCAUAGUUUGACAUAGUUUAUAUUUAUUGUGACUUUUAGCCCUCUGAAGCGAUGAUGAAAAUCAAAAAUAACCAUUAGUGUUAUUAAACUGGUCACUGAGUGUAACAUUUCUGUGUUUUAUCAAUUGUGUAGUCAGAUAUUAUUCUCAUUUUGAUAAUUUAUUGUAUACACUAGAAUUAUUUUUAUUUUUAUUUUGGAAGCUCUGUUACUGCUACGAAAACUUGAAUUUUUUACUCCAGGAUGAAAUUCCAUUUCUGUUUCUUUUUUUUUUUUUUAACUUCUUACAUCAAACGACAUUGUUGUCUGAAGGCUACAACUGAAAAUCUGCACGUUUCACAUUCUUUUCAUGGCAUAGCAGCUUGUCUUUGAAUGAAAACAUCUCUCUUUACCAGCACAUUUCUGGAACUUUUGCAAUGGCAGUAUUACUGUAGAAAAAAAAACAUUUAUUGAAAUAAAAUAAAUACAUUUUAAACUUGCA